AUGUCAGACAUUAAUUCCAGUCUUGAAGAAGGAAUGGACCUUCUAAAGGAUGCUCCACGUUCCUCGUCUAGCAAUAUCGCGUCUGAUCGUUCGGAAGGCACAAUGCACCAGUCUCUAAAACACUCCGCGAUAGCAUCUGUGUUUGUUUUGAUCGCGUGGUACUAUCCUCGGCAUUUGAUUCACAUCGAGACUCACAUCGGCAGCAAAACGCCUCCUUAUCAACAAACACAAGGCGGUGACGUGAUUCUGGAUUUUAACCUACUGAACCCUGUUGCGGACCCACCUACAAUUCCAUCAAGACUGUUGAUGUGGACAUCGGUUUGGUUCCCUCUUUUGGGCCUUCUGACACAUGCGUAUAUCCAAAACAAGGGUCCACAAAGACUUAUACACAUGACAACCGCCUUGGGUGGAUUUGCCACUGCUAUUGGGAUUUCAGAAAGUGCUACCGUAUUGCUCAAGCUAUGGAUCCAACGCCCGAGACCAAACUACUACAGCCUGUGCGGGUUUGACAAAACUUUAUUAAAGUGCACUGCCAAUCUGGAACACAUUCGGGAGGCCAAUUUCUCAUUUCCAUCAGGGCAUUCUUCGCUUACAAACUGUGGUAUGACCUUUCUGGUCUUGUAUUCGGUUGGACAACAACUCUGCAAAGGAAACUUUAGCUUGUCCAUCCCUUUCAAUAUCAUUCUGCCCUGGGGAUGGGCCAUUUUUGUGGCUGCAUCAAGACUAGUCGAUAAAUGGCAUCAUCCAUCAGACGUUGUGGCAGGACUGGCACUGGGAUUCGUUGCAUCAGCGAUUGCCUACCACAUUUGGUACCCACCAUUAUGGUCCAAAAUGGCUGGGAUGCCGCGUUCGCUAUGCAUGGCAAACGUUGAUGGUCUGGGUGGAAUGAACAAACUUGUGUCCUUUACCGAAUAA